GGCGGUCGCCAUGUUGGUGCGGGAGAGGGAGAGCGGGAGCGGGCGGAGGGGUCGAAGGCUGAGGCCGGGCGUGCGGCGGCCGCCCGGCGCCGGCCCUCGCUGCCUUUCUGCCUCCCUCUCGGCCCGGGCCGCCAGGUCGGGAGGGGCCUGGCUUCGGCAGGGUUGGCGGGUCUGGGGUAGUGCUGAGGGACCUCGGCUCUUCUGUGGAGGUCGGAGUGAAAUGCCGGUCAGACGGAAAACACUUUGCCGAUCGUUAAACGUCGGCACAACAGCUAGAAACCCGACACGGAGGGAUCCUGGCUGCAGUAUGAAGACCUUACUUGCUUUAGAGAUUGCAGACCUGGAGCUCCCCACCACUAUCUGGUGGUGCCAGUGGAACACAUGGGAAACUGCAAAACGCUGAAGAAAGAACACAUACCUUUAGUGAAGAGAAUGAUGGAAGUUGGAAAAGCUGUCCUCCAGAGAAAUAAUUUUAGUGACUUGAAUGAUGUAAGAAUGGGUUUUCACUGGCCUCCGUUCUGCUCAAUAUCCCACUUGCAUCUUCACGUCCUGGCCCCAGCCAGCCAGCUGGGAUUCUUAUCCAGACUCUUUUACAGAAUCAAUUCCUACUGGUUUAUCACGGAAAUAAAAUCUUUGCUCUCGCUUUACGGUGGACAGUUCAGCAGCGAGCAGGAAAUUCGUGUAAAUUCUCCAUUUUGGAUUCUCAGUAUUCCUUCAGAAGAGAUGGCAAGGGGACUGAUGAAACGGACAGUAUGUGCAAAGUCUAUAUUUGAACUGUGGGGUCAUGGAAGAUCUGCAGGGGAGCUGUAUGCGUCUUUGAAGAACUAUCCAGUGGACAAGAUGCUUCCAUAUCUGCAGUCAGACUCUACUUACAAAAUACAUAUUCAUACAUUUAAUAAAACACUGACCCAAGCACAGAAAAUAAAAAAGAUAGAUGCCCUUGAAUUUCUGCCAUUCAAAGGAAAAGUAAAUUUAAAGAAGCCAGAACACGUCUUUUGGAUUUUGGAAGAUUAUGGAAUGGACCCUAACAAUGUUCCAGAAGAGCCCUUCCACCUGUAUUUUGGUAGAUGGAUUGCAGAUGGCCAAAGAGAACUUAUUGAGUCCUACAGUGUAAAAAAGAGACACUUCAUUGGAAACACGAGCAUGGAUGCCUGCCUGUCUUUCAUUAUGGCAAACCAUGGGAGAGUAAAACCCAAUGAUGUUGUAUAUGAUCCAUUUGUGGGCACAGGUGGCCUUCUAAUCUCCUCAGCACACUUUGGCGCAUAUGUUUGUGGCACUGAUAUAGAUUACAACACAAUCCAUGGAUUAGGCAAAGCAACAAGAAAGAACCAGAAAUGGAGAGGGCCAGAUGAAAAUAUCAGAGCUAAUCUCCGACAGUAUGGUUUAGAGAAAUAUUACCUUGAUGCACUAGUUUCUGAUUCUUCAAGACCAAUAUGGCGAAAAGGGAUGCUGUUCGAUGCAAUCAUUACAGAUCCACCAUAUGGUAUCAGAGAAGCUACUCGCAGGACAGGUUCACAAAAGGAAACAGUUAAGACAGCUGAAAGAAGCACAGAAAAUCACAUCUUCGUUUCAUCCAGUUACCAUCUGAGUGACAUCUUUUUUGACCUCUUGAAGUUUGCGGCAGAGUAUCUGGUGAUGGGAGGAAGAUUAGUUUACUGGCUGCCGAUAUACAGGCCUGAAUAUACAGAAGAGAUCAUUCCCCGCCACCCGUGCCUGAAACUUAUUAGCAACUCUGAGCAGAUGCUUUCCAGCCACACGUCAAGGCGCCUAAUAACCAUGGAAAAGGUGAAAGAAUUCAAGGAUCAAGAUCGGAAUUCUUACUUGUUGGAUGGACAAUAUAUGCCAUACAGGGGACACAAUUCUUUCCGUGAGAAGUAUUUCAGUGGUGUGACAAAGAGGAUUGCCAAGGAAGAGAAAGACAAUCAGAAGUAAAAUAUAAUAUAAACAGAUUAAAAAAUGAGGAAAGAAUGAAGGAAGGUCGUGUUGCUUGGUAAGGACAUCUGGAUAUGAACAUUUAUUUGGAUACUUCAGAAAAAUAAACACUGCUUUUAAUUUUAAAACAAGAUGAAACCCACAACACAGGUUGAGAGCAGUUCUUUUUAAUUAGCUUUGUUUAUAGCAGAUUUUAUUGUACAAGUUUUUUGAGUCUUAUUUAAUUUAUAUUUGUACUUUCAAGUACUAAUGAUGAUUGACUAAAACCAUUAUUACUGUUCUUUCACCAUUAACGUUUACAAAAAAGUAGUAGUAUUUGGCUUCUUAAACUGUGAACAUCUGGCUGUUUUAGUGACACGUGGUGGUGAUCAAGGAUUGCUUAUUAAGAUGAUCAUUUUCAUUUGUUUCGUUUUUUUGUAAAUGGUAUACAGUAAACCAAAAGAUUGUUGUGAGUUUUUCUUAAUCGUUGCAUGCAAUAACUGCUCACGUGAAUUCCAGUUGCCCUCGCUGAGGCCAGAAGUGUUUAAAACAAACAAAACCCACAAAGAAACAAAUGCGUGCGCAUGUGCACACACCUGCCCCCCCAAAAAAAAGCCUCUGUGACCUGACAAACUCUGGAGAGGCUGUUUAAACCCUGUGAAGCCUGUCCACAUCUGAAGCUCAUCUGUACCUUGGAUUUGCUUUUGCAUUCCUAAACCUUGACUCUUGGUCAAGCCAACUGUCUGCAAUUCUUUGGUUCAGAAAUUGAUAGUUAAAGCAGUAACAACAACAGCAUAAAAUCAGUAAUGCUUCCCUAAUGGUAUUAAGCCUAAUCAAAGCUUUGAAAUUGAAACUCUAUUUGUUAAAGGGCAAACUUUGCUGAAUCUACACCAUGUCCAUCAUGAAAAUACCUCAUUUGAAAACCACUAAGCCCAUUAAUUCAGGAUGUUAAUGGCUCCUCUUAUUUUGGUGGUCAGGUAUGGUCAAAUGUUCUUCAGCAGGGUGUUGGUGAAUGUAUCUACACACUCCAGCCAGAGGAAACCUUGCUUCUCAACUUGCUGCAAGUCACUGACUAUGGUCGUGUUACAAUCUUGGUACAUUAUAAUCUUUAAGUGCCUCUCAAGCACGAGUCAUUUUGUGUAUCUGAUCAAGUUCAUUAACUCAA